GAGUUCCUCAAUUUUAUCAAAAAACUUGUUCCUUUUACAAAAAGUACCGAUGAUGACUCUACCCAGUCAAAUGGCGUGGAUUCGAAAGGAGGAUUGUGUAAACCUGCACCAAAUUGUAUUGUUCAAAACUUUCAUAAAACCGAAUUAAAAAAAUUGUUUGAACGUUUGGAUGAAUCGAAAAUAUUUCAUAUUUCAAAUGAUUGGACCGAAAAACUUUCAAAUUUUAUAACCAAUGAUUUAGCAAAUGCGUUUAGAUCGACACCCGAGAAAUUAGAACAAUAUGGAAAAGAAGUAACUAACAUUAUUUCAGCAAUCAGUAAUGGAACUUGGUCAAGGGAUAUGCAUUCUAAAGCUAUUGGAGAUAUUAAUACCAAUUUAUCUUUAUAUAUUUCGGACUUUUUUGAUACAUUACAUGGAUGGUCUAGGGAAAAUGUUUUUAGUCAAGGAAAACAUUGUCAUCGAAUUGGAUCUAGGAUUAAACAUUUAAAUGAUAAAAAUAGUCCUUAUCCACCCCAAAGUCCUUGGGGGCCAGAAACUGCAUUGAAAGGAAAAUAUGCGAAAAUUUAUUGGAAGGUCAAAGAUCUUUCAAUUAAACAUCCGUUAACAAUUGAUCCAAAAAACAAAACUCUUUCCUGUGUUGAAAAUUGUGAAGCGUUAAGUGGAGAAAUCUAUCGUUACUUUGCAUUUAUUGAUAAUUAUAAGCGUGCACUUACUGUGAAGGAGGAUGGUACUAUUAACCUGGAAAUUUAUGAUUUUACAAAUUCUGCACAACUUUGGAGAAUUGAAAACUACGGAAUGUACUAUGCGUUAUAUAAUAAACGAUACAAAAAAUAUUUUUCUAUUCAGUCAAAAAAUAGUUUUAUAAUGAAUGAUAAUUGGUCAUCAACGGCCGUUCUUCUUAUUGAAAAUAGAGAAACCGAUACAUAUUCGAUUGGAUAUACAAGAAAUAAUAAAGAUAUUGAAUAUCCUGAUAAAGUAAAAAACCUCACACUUGUAACUGUCCCAUUAGUUACUUGGAAAAACACGGAAAACAAGUUUGCGGGAAUAAUAGAUCAAUCUAACGGUGCUAUAGGAUUCUCGGAUGGCGAAUAUUUCGAAAAUGUUGGGGUUAUACCAAGAUCUGACCAACUUUUUCUGUUCGUUCCUCAUCCAGAUUUUGCAGGAAAGGCUACAAUCGUGGCACACAGUGGCAAAUAUUUACGUUUUGCCCCAGCGACUGAAGGGCCAACUAUAUAUGCCGAUAAUGAUUUGAAAAACACGCAAAAGCUUGCUUUUUCUUUGUUUGGCUACGAACAAAACAUCUGGCCACGGCAAGUUAAUUUAUAUCACGUGUCAGCACAAUACCUGGCAUCGCGAUUUUCACAAGCUUUAAUUGCGGUCACGAAACCUCCUGUUAAAGGAACCCGUGUGCGUAUCUGGAAAGCGGAUCCAUCUGUUAAAAAAAUUGGCGUAAGAGAACUCCAUCUACCUAACCCUGAUAUCACUGUUGGACCAAGCGAUUCAUGGUUUGACGUUCAAGCCAAUUGUCCCCCAAUAUAUCCAGAUCCUCAUGGUAAUUUUUUGCUCGAGUUUGAAGACACACCAUCAACUAUCCCAGAAUCAUUUUCUCAUACGAGAUUUGAUGCCGUUCACUGCUAUGGUGUGUUUAACUUAUUGAUGAGCGAUCUGGAAUAUCUCGAUGGUAGAAUACCAGAACUGAACAAGCCAUGGGGACACAAAAAGUUAACAAUCAUUCCUCAUGCUGGACAAGAUGCCAAUGCUUUUUAUGAUCGCGAAGAUGGAUCACUUAAAUUUUUCUAUAUUAAUCAAGAUAAUGAACCUUUAUAUCUUUGUCGUUCACUCGAUAUUGUUGCACAUGAGGCUGGACACGCAUUUCUAGACAUUCUUCAAGAUAAAUGGUUAGUUGACGGACAAACUGGCGCUUUACAUGAAGCUUUUGGAGAUCUGACUACAAUGUUUACGAUUCUUUCUAUGGAUGAUAUGGUUGAACUUUUAAUCAGUUCCACGAAGUCUGAUCUUCGGUCAGCAAAUAAUUUUGUGGCCGCUGUAGGUGAAGAAUUUGGAGACUUGGUAUAUAAAAAUAAAGGAGAGGGUAUAAGAAAUUUAUCAAACGAUUAUAAAGG